UCUAAAUUCGUCAUCAGAGAUCGACGGCAACACACAUUGCCACCAAAACUGAGAUUCAGAACCAACAAGUUUAAGUAAGGACUCCAUUGCAGCAAGUUUCCCAGGUUCAAAACAAGAGCAUUUGUUGUGGGCUUCUUCGCAUCAACCCACUGACCAUCACAAAAGAACCUGGAAGACCUCGCAUUUGGUCCUUGCAGAAGCACAGUAAGAACGCUGCUGCCUGGUUCAGGACAACCCAGAAGCAGCAGCCUUCCGAGCAAAACCUAUAUUGUUAAGGUGAAAAUUUAUUAAGAAGCAACCCAGAAUGGGACUGAGAUACAAGGGGGGGAAAGCAGAGCCAGGAAACAGAAAUCCCCAUUACCCCAAAAUCCAAUUUCAGAUCACACCUGCAAGAUUAAAGCCGAGGAUGCGUAAUGGGUAGAUAUGCAAUUUCAAAGCUUGGACAAGACUGGUUUGGAAACGCCCAAACCAAGGACGCCACAGAGCUCCGGAUACAAACUCUGCCUUAUCACCUUGUAAAUCUCGCCGUCCCACUUCCUGGCCGCCAACUGCUCCGCCAGGCGAAUUCCGGCAUCCUUCAGCUCCUCCACGCUACCCUUCACCCCGUCGACGAUCCCCAGCCUCGCCGCCUCCGCUCCCCUGAUUUUCGUCCCUCGCAGCAGCGCAUCCCGCCGGGCCGAAACCGACCCGAUCUUGGUCCGAAACAGCACGGUGAAGUAGUCCGGCAAGGGAAUCCCUAUAUCCACCUCGCUCAUGUACAGAACCCCACGGUCGCUCCUCAUGAGCACGUAAUCGUGGCACAGCGCGAGGGCGAACCCGGCGGCGGCGGCGUGGCCCUGGACGACGGCGACGGUCGGCAUCGGGAGGGAGAUCAGCUCGGCGACGACGGGGCGGAACGAGUCGACCAUGUGGUUGAGCCGCUCGGCGGCCUCGGAUCUGGACCCGGCGGAUCGGGCCCAGCCCAGAUCGAGGCCGUUGGAGAAGAAUCGGCCCUGGGAUGUGGUGAUGAGGACCGAGCCCCUGGUGGCCUGGGAUUUGGCUUCGCGGAGGGAUGAGAGGACGGUGGCGAUUGCGGCCGGGCUGAGGCGGUGCUCGUCGCUGUCGCCCGUCAACGUUAGGACGAAGAAGUCCCCGCGCUUCUCCAGCGUACACAUCGUGGGCGGGCCGCCGGUGUUGUCGGUG